AUGGCAUCACGCUUUCCGUGUCCCCGCUUCUACUGGUAUCCCCGCGUCGACGAGAUGGCGAUCAUGGAUAUGCUGUCUGCUGACGGGCACGCUCUGAAGAUUAUGAGGAAUGAUGCUUCUACCGCGGACCCAGACCAUGAGGCGCCUGCGAACUUCAACUACGAAAAUGGGAUCUUGAGCUGGGAGAAGGGGGAGAUCAAGGGCGAGGAUAUUGUAACGGUUAUUCCCACCUUGGGCAGAGCAGCCGAAUACACCAUCUUCAGCAUUGAGCCCUCCCCUCCCCCGUCUGAAGCUCUCCCCGAGUCUGCAGGGGAAGAGAAGCAGUACCCCUUCAAGCUGCGCACGACCAACGCCUUGAUCCUGCCUGAUGCCUUCCUCUCUGCCUUCCUGUUUUCCGGGUGGCCAGCCUACAUGACGGAUGCGCAGAACGUAUACGUCCUGAUCUCUACACUUUCUGGCACAGGUCUGGCUGUCCCGUUCUGGGAGGAGAUACUACAUCCGCUGUUGCUAUCGCUCGGCUUCGAGGAUGGUACAUAUAGUGUUGUGAAGACGCGGAACGCUGAGAGCGUGAGGGAGCUGACGAAGGUCAAUUUGAUGGUUGCUGCGAAUGAGGGGCGGAAGCAGACGGUGGUGAUGCUGAGUGGGGAUGGAGGCAUAGUUGAUACGAUUAAUGCUUUAGGGGAGAGUGAGAGAUCGAGUAAAUAUGUCAAACCGACAGUCGUCCAGUUGCCCCUUGGCACAGGCAACGCCCUCUUCCACUCUCUGCACGCCUCCUCCCCCCGCCCGUCCAUCUACACCCAAGCCCUCCAGACUCUCCUCCGCGGGACCCCGCGCCCCCUUCCCAUCUUCCGCGCCUCUUUUUCCCCAGGUGCCCGCCUCUUGACGAACGAGGGCCAGACCACCAGCCCUCUACCCAAGAACGCCCUCCUGGGCGCCGUCGUCGCAAGCCACGGCCUCCAUUCCACUCUCGUCGCCGACUCCGACACGCUCGAGUACCGGAAAUACGGCGACAAGCGGUUUGGCAUGGCGGCCCAGAACUUGAUGUUCCCUCCAGACGGGUCGGCGCCUCACGCGUAUAAAGCCCGCAUCACGCUUAUCAAAAAGGGGGAGGAGGAAGUCAUGGAGAGGAAAGAACACGGAUACGUAUUAGCGGCGAUGGUCAGCCAUCUCGAGAGGACGUUCACGGUAUCGCCGAAGAGCAGGCCUUUCGAGCGCGUAUUAAGGGUAGUGCAUUUCGGGGCUUUGGAUGGGGAGACAGUGGGCGCAAUUAUGGGGGCUGCGUAUCAGGGGGGUGAGCAUGUUAAGAGGGCGGACGUCGGAUAUGAGGCUGUGGCUGGGAUGCGGGUGACUUUUGAAGAGGAAGGCGAGGAUUCAACGUGGAGGAGGUGUUGCGUGGAUGGGAGUAUCGUGGCGGUCGAAGAGGGUGGGUGGAUGGAUGUCAGGCUUUUGGAGGAGGGAGGUGAGGUUAUCGAUAUUGUGGCUAAUGCAUAA